GAGGAACACAGUACGUUAAGUGGUCAUUCAGGGAAAGUACGAAUCACGGUUGAACGUAAUUAAUGAUUUAAGAACUGCGCAGACUCCGGCAAAUCUUACUGGUUUGUUCUUCUAGCCUCUGUUUCUUCGUCUGAAAGAUGACCUCAAAUAGCGUACUUCUUUUAGUUCUACUCGUAGCAGUGGUCGGAGCGGCGCCAAAGAAGAAAGAAAACAAACCUGAACCACGGGACAGUAAUCGUUCACUUCUAACAGAGCUUCAGCAGGCUGAGUCUUCCGGUGCAGGGACUGGGAAAGAAUCAGACUCAACAGCCGCUGUUCUAUUGGAAAAAGUACCCAAAUUUAAAACAAAAGUGGCAGAAAUAAAGUGGAAAUUGAACAAGGCACGAAAGAAACUGAAAAUUGCCAAGCAAUAUGUAACACUCGCUGAUAAGGUUUCACUAAUGAGAAAAAAAGGAAAAGGUGCCAGUAAAGAUGUCAAGGAUAUAAUACGGAAGGCAGAGAUUGCCUUGGUCCACGCUGGUGAACACAUGGGUCUCGAUUAUGUUCAUUUUUAGAAGCACUUUGAAUUUGGAAAUAAAUUAUCGGAAGCUUACACCAGGCAUGCAAGGGAAAAUUACCGAGGGAAAUGGACACCUAGAGGUUAACUUUGCCUAAAUGAACGUUUUAAACCUUUUUUAAAUUAUGUGGAUAAUAAAGUAGAACUUAUGCGGGAAGAUGAUAACGUGUGAGCCAAUAUGAAACCCAAUAUGGUUUGUUUUUGUCAGCUGAGGGAUUAAUGCUAUUUCAAAAUUGUUAUAUUUUAUUAUUGGUAUAUCUUGUUUGAAAUGUCUCUGUUUACACCGACCUUCAGUGGUUUUCUAUUAUUUGUAAGAACUGCGUCAGUAUGAUUUUAGAACAAUUGUUGGCCACGGUUGUCAACGACAGAGGAUUUAAAUUUUGAAUAAAACUCUGUAUAGAGGAUGACCGAGUUAAGUCGACGCAAUCUUAUACAGAAGGCAUUGAGACACCCGAAACUGUUCCCAGUUUUUUAAAAAUUGUUUUUGGCUGUCUGCUGUUUGAUAACAUCACGGAUAAUUUUGGGCCAAAUCCGACGGGCGGAAAAACUCAACAAUAUCAUCCAAUCAUGACUUUUAUGUUCCUUCCUCUCAUUUAUCAAUAAAAAUAAUUGGCUAUUACUUACCAAGAAUAUCAAUUAACUGUAGCUUCAUUUAUCUUUGGAUUUUUAAAAGGUUUACGUAGUCAAGAAAACUAAAAACGAUUUGGCCAGCAUUACGCACAACUUGGCACAUCUUUUCCUGUUGGCGAUGUUUCUAUAACCACUACCGACCCAAGCACAGCACUUAUGGACAAAAGAGCACCUGUUCGUUCAGCUAUAACUAAUCAGAAGUAAAUAAAUCAAAUGAAAAGAGA